AUGUCAAAAACGAACCCUUACACUGUAGUCAGUUUGGCUACUAGUAGUGGUCCUUUAGCUCAAGUUUGGUUGGCUGCUAAUAUGUCAAAUUUACCAAGAGGUACUGUUCUACAAACAAGUAUAUCAAAAUCUGCAAAUGAAAUUGCAAAAGUUUCUGGCUGUACCGAAGAUGAUAUGGAAGGAAGUGAAGAAAAUGGAAGUAAUAACACUGUCGAACAUAUUGCUUUACGUACCUCUGGUGAACUAUUACACGGUAUAGUUCGUGUUUAUUCCAAACAAGCUGCAUUCCUUUUAAGUGAUAUAAAAGAUACUUUAAUUAAAAUCAGUUCUUUGUUUAAAUCAAACCAAAGAAUCAGUGUUACUCUGAGUAAAGAAAAUACAAUUGCUAAAGUAGACCAAUUGAUCUUAGAAGAUGCAGUCACUGAAAGAGAAGUCUUGAUUACUCCAGGUCUAGAAUUCUUACAAGAAACAACAAUUCCUGAAGGUUUGAUGAAUAAUCAAGAUAACUCAAUGCAAAGAAAGGUUACAGGUGCAAUGGCAACCUCUGUAAAUGGAUUGAAUACUGGCAAUGCUCCUUGGGAUACAUCAAUCGAAGUAGGAAGAAGAUUCAACCCAGAUGAUGAUAUAGAAAAUCAUCAUUCUUCCACAUUAAAUUUAGAUUUCGAUAUCGAUGACCAUAAUUCAAAAACUUGGGACGAAGGUACUCGUACUACAAAUUCACAAUUAACUCAAAAUAGUAAAAUAUUAAACGGUAAUUUGGAUAAUUUUGGUCAGUUGAUUCAAGAAGAUGAUUUUCCAAUUGAUGACAAUGAAAAUAUGGAUUGGGAUCUUGGUAUUAGAGAGGAUGGCAACGAGGUCCCAGAAGAAGAUAGAUCACUAGAAGUAGGUAGAAGAGCAGAUGUAACUGUUAUAGAAGAGCCUACAGAUUUUGGUUUCGAUUUAGAUAUAGGGAAAGAUAUAAAUGAGGAAGAAAAUGAAACCAGAUUGGAGUUGAAUGCUAAUUUGAGCCAAAACGAAAAACAAGAGCCUAAAAUUGCAAAGUUACCAAAAAAUAAAGAGCUAGCAAAUGCCAAAAAAAUUCUAGAAGACAAAGAAAUUGAAUUAAGUGACGAUGUUGUCAAACAUAAUAAACCAGAAACCUACGAACAAGAAGAUGUAUAUAACCAAGAGUUUGAGGGUGAAACAAGAUUAACACAGAAAAGAUUAUUAGAAGAAAUUGCUCAAAAUAUGAGCUUCUUACCGCAAAGUAUAUUUGAAAACUUUGUUCACUCUCAAAGGUUCAAAAGACAAAAAUUGCCUGACAUUGAUAUUGAAGAACCUCAAUUAAAUAUAAGUUUUGAUGGUGAUGAUUUUGUUGCAGGAUCUGGUAUCGAUAGCAGCAUGAUGGCAUUAAAUGAUGAAGAUGAACAUGAAAGUGAUCAUUUCAUGCCAAUAGAUGCAGACCUUGGACAAGAUCCGGUUGAUGAACUAAUUGUAGAAUCUGAUAACAUGCCACCAACACAAAAUGAAAAAGUCACACUAUCUUCAGGUGAAGUAGUAUCAAAAACAACUGCAGCUAUGGCAGAAUUAUUAAGAACACAAUUUAUUGAUGAUGAUACCUUAACAUUCACUAAUGUUCUUAAGGCUAAAGUAGAAAUUGAAGAUGACGUUUCAAAUAAAACUGAAAUUACAAAAAGUGAGGCAAGUAAAAGUUUUUUCGAAAUGUUGUCUCUUGCUACAGCUAAUUGUAUCGAUUUAGACCAAAAUGAAACAUUUGGUGAAAUUUCAAUAAAUACAAGACCAGCCUUGUAUGAAAAAUUCAUAACUGUCUAA